AUGGAAACUCGCACGCCCGCGCGGAUCGCGAGUCAAAUCCUCCAAAGGGCAUUGCAACGCCACAACGCCCUGCUGCCGCGCAGAUACUACGCCAGCACCUCGACUCCCACAAACCAAAAGGAACGCAUCGUCAUUCUCGGCUCCGGAUGGGCUGGCUACGCGCUCGCGAGGACCCUCUCACCCUCCUCCUACUCCCAGGUCCUCAUCUCGCCUCGCUCCCACUUUGUCUUCACACCCCUCCUGGCCUCGACGUCCGUCGGCACCCUCGAGUUUCGCGCCGCCAUCGAGCCCGUGCGACGGCUGAACCUGGCCGAGUUCCACCAAGGCCAGGUACGCGACGUAGACUUUGACAGAAAAGUCGUCAGUGUUCAGGCCAACACCAAGGACGACGCCACCACACGCUCGGACCCCAACGCCGUCGCGGACCCCGGGACGGAGUUCGAGGUCGCCUACGACAAGCUCGUCCUCGCCGUGGGGUGCGCCAGCCAGACGUUUGGCAUCGAGGGCGUCUGGGAGCACGCCUGCUUCCUCCGCGACGUCGGCGACGCGCGUGUCAUCCGGCUCCGGAUCCUGCAGGCGUUUGAAAAGGCUGCGCUGCCGACGACAACGGACGACGAGAGGCGGAAGCUGCUGCACUUUGCCGUCGUCGGCGGCGGGCCCACCGGCAUCGAGUUCGCCGCCGAGCUGCACGACCUCGUCCACGAGGAUCUGCGCAAGAUGUAUCCGGGCCUCAUGCAGCACGUCGCCGUGACCAUCUACGACAUUGCCCCCAAGGUGCUCCCCAUGUUCGACCAGAACCUCGCCAACUACGCGACAGACAUGUUCAAGCGCCAGGGCAUCCAGGUCAAGACGGAGCACCACCUGGAGAGGAUCCGCCGCGUCGGCGACCAUCUGCUCAUCCGCAUCAAGGAGGAGAAGGACGAGGUCGGCGCUGGCAUCGUCGUCUGGAGCACGGGCCUCACGCAGAACCCGCUCGUGCGCCAGAUUGUGGACAAGCAGGACGUCGCUGGCCUCGGCAGGAUCGUCAAGGACCCCAAGACGGGCGGGUUCCUCACCGACGACCGGCUGCGGGUGCAGGUGGAGGGCCCCGAUCAAAAGAGGACCACGAUCCCUGGCGUCUUCGCCAUGGGUGACUGCGCCGUCGUCGAGGGCACCAGCUACCCGGCCACCGCGCAGGUCGCCUCCCAGCAGGCCGUUCAUCUCGGUCGUCGCCUGAACAAGGGCGAUCUCGAGGCCAAGCCCUUCAAAUUCCGCAAUCUCGGGGCCAUGGCGUAUCUGGGCAGCAGGCGAGCCAUCCACCAGAGCUCGGGCGAUGAGCUCAAGGGAAGGGCCGCGUGGAUCUUGUGGAGGACGGCGUACCUGACCAAGAGCAUGAGCGUCCGGAACAAGCUGCUCAUUCCCGUCUACUGGUUCGUCACAUGGGUCUUUGGCCGGGACAUUUCGCGGUUCUGA